AAUUUCCAAACCAAAAAAAAAGGGAAUUUUCUACUCAAAUGCUCAGCUAACGGAGUCUCCAACGAAACUCCAACUCCUCAAAUCAGCAGCGAUUUUCCUGGAUUCCCCAAUUUUCUAUCUAUCUCUUUCCAAAACUUUGAACUCACUCACUCUCUCUCAUGGCUGAAACACUUGCUGCUUUGAGGUCUUUAAUGGCCUCUCACUCUCCUACUCUCGAUGCCUUAGUCGUCCCUUCUGAAGAUUAUCAUCAAAGCGAAUAUGUUUCUGCUCGGGACAAAAGGCGCGAAUUCGUUUCUAGAUUCACGGGAAGUGCAGGUUUGGCGCUUAUAACAAAAGAUGAAGCAAGACUAUGGACGGACGGCCGAUAUUUCCUGCAAGCAACGCAGCAGCUUAGUGAUCAGUGGAAACUAAUGCGUAUCGGAGAAGAUCCUUUCAUUGACGCAUGGAUAUCUGAUAAUUUGCCAAGGGAGGCUGCUGUUGGGGUUGAUCCUUGGUGUGUAUCAGUGGAUACCGCUCAAAGAUGGGAACGUGCUUUUGCGAAAAAGCAACAGAAAUUAGUUCAAACCUCAACCAAUUUGGUUGAUGAGGUUUGGAAAAACCGGCCACCUACUGAAAUUAAUCCAGUUGUUGUUCAUCCAUUGGAAUUUUCCGGUCGUUCUGUUGCUGAAAAGCUGAAAGAUUUGAGGGAAAAGCUCGCAAACGCAAAGGCUCGUGGAAUUAUCAUCACUGCUUUAGAUGAGGUUGCUUGGUUGUAUAAUAUCCGUGGGAGCGAUGUGUCUUACUGUCCAGUUGUUCAUGCAUUUGCUAUUGUAACAUUGAAUUCGGCUUUCCUUUAUGCGGACAAAAGGAAGGUUUCUUCCACUGUGAGCUCUUCCAUGCAAGAUUUUGGAAUUGAAGUUCGGGAGUAUGGUGCAGUGAGUUCAGAUGUUGCAUUGUUAGCUUCUAAUCAGCUUGACCAGGACACAGGAGUAAAUCCUGGUCUAAAUGGUAUUUGUGAAAAUGAUAAGUGUGAAGCAGAAGAAAACUAUAAUGAUCUUAUAUGGGUUGAUCCUGCUUCAUGCUGCUAUGCUUUGUUUUCAAAACUAGAUGCUAAUAAGGUGCUCCUAAAGCAGUCACCUUUGGCCCUGGCGAAAGCCUUAAAGAAUCUAGUUGAGUUGGAUGGAUUAAGAAAUGCACAUAUCCGAGAUGGUGCAGCUGUCGUGCAGUAUCUUGUCUGGUUGGAUAAGCAGAUGCAAGAGAUUUAUGGGGCUUCCGGUUACUUCUUGGAGGGGGAGGGAGCAAGCAAAAAAAACCCGGAGGCUAUGAAACUGACAGAGGUGAUUGUUAGUAAUAAGUUGGAGGGAUUUCGUGCCUCAAAAGAGCACUUUAGGGGCCUAAGUUUCCCUACUAUUUCUUCGGUUGGUGCAAAUGCGGCCAUCAUCCAUUACACACCUCAGGCUGAAACAUGUGCUGAGCUUGAUCCUGAUAGCAUUUAUCUCUUUGAUUCAGGAGCGCAGUAUCUAGAUGGAACAACUGAUAUAACUCGGACGGUUCAUUUUGGAAAACCUUCAGCACAUGAGAAGACUUGCUAUACUGCAGUUCUUAAGGGCCAUAUUGCUCUGGGCAACGCUCGAUUUCCUGAUGGAACUAAUGGUCAUGCUCUUGAUAUUCUGGCUCGAAUUCCUUUGUGGAGGUAUGGUCUUGAUUAUCGACAUGGUACUGGUCAUGGAAUUGGGUCUUACCUGAAUGUUCAUGAAGGGCCUCAUCAAAUUAGUUUCAGGCCACAGGCUCGUAAUGUGCCACUUCAAGUUUCCAUGACAGUGACGGAUGAACCUGGAUAUUAUGAAGAUGGGAGCUUUGGUAUAAGAUUAGAGAAUGUACUUGUAAUCAAGGAGGCUGAUACUGAAUUCAAUUUCGGUGAUAAGGUUUACUUAUCAUUUGAGCAUAUCACAUGGGCACCAUAUCAGGUAAAGUUGAUUGACUUGAGCCUGUUGACACCCGAGGAGAUUGAGUUUGUGAAUACCUACCAUUCAAAAUGUAGGCAGAUUCUUGCACCUUUCAUGGAUAAAAAUGAGAUGGAUUGGCUGAACAAAGCCACUGAACCUCUAAGCGCAUGAUAUAUCUCUAUUCAGGAAGCCCAAGCAAAGCAACCCUUUCACAUCUUUCUCUGCUUUUCUCCAUCUAUAUUAGAAUCAGAUAUGAGAUUUGUUCGGUAAAUGAUUUUAUUUGGCUAAUUUAUAUUUGACCGUUAUGGGGUAAUUAAUGUUUUAUGUAAGGGAUGUUGAGACUUCUAGGAAUGAAAAUAGCCUCAAUGAUCUCUUCAUUAUUGCUUGGAAAAAUAUGCAACAUGAAAGAUCACUCUGCACUCAUUUCUCCCAAUCACGUCCUCUGAUGUUAACAACUUUGACCUGGUAGCCACCCCAAUAUGCUCAGCCAGCAUACACGAUUAUUGGGUCACCAUUGACGGUACCCUCCAGACUUGAAUUCCACCCGCAAUGGGACAAAAAAUCCACCUAUGAGUGCUCGAGGUGCCCACAUUGGAACCGCCAGCCUUUUUGGCUGGUGAUAUUCAAGAACCCAUCUGGUAACAUUUUAUCAUCCAAUUUGACCGUGGAAAUUUAAGGCAACUAUCAUGUCAAGAUAGUUGCUUAACAAGUGCAUUGACUAGAUUUUAACUACGGUAUU